AUGGAGAUCUGGGCGUUUGCCAAUCUGUACACUACUCCCCCUACAGUCGGUACCGUUCAGUUGCCCUCAAGCACGGCUGGAGUCCUCCCAUAG